AGAAAUGAGGACACAGCGAAACGUCCCCAAAAAGACGGCAAUACGAGAUCGUGUGUGUUGCUUGUAGGCAAAUGAGGACGCGCUGGUUCGUGACUUCACACAGACGGUGAGCGCGCGCUCUGCUCGUCAUCUGCCUCACAGAAAGAAGACCGAGACACGGUGGUGAGGGUCGUUCUGAAACAAAGCGGUGGAGCUCAGUCAGCAUCUUCUUCACGCCGUGUGGAAACACCAGGGUAACUGAUCCAGUGCACCUGAGACAGGAUAGCAACCAUGUCACUGUAUCCGUCGUUAGAAGACAUGAAAGUGGAUAAAUUCAUUCAGGCGCAGAACACUCCUACUGCCAGCCCAUCCAAAGCACUGGCACUACCAGAUCCCGCCCACUGCCCGUCUACCCCCGCCCACCAUGAGUCAAAAGUGGAGGAGAUUGGUACAGGCACUUCUGGGAGAUUAUACCCGGAGCUGAGUGAAUUUAUGGGCCUGAAUCUCAGUACGGAUGCUCUACAAGCUCUGUCUACCACAGUUCCUGAGCAAAGCAGUGGAGCCCUCAGUGUCCACUCGUCUGGCAUGAACUGGGCAGCUGCUCCCAUAACCGGCAGCGAUUUGGGCGUGAAGAGGGCUGAGAUCCGGCAGGGCGUCAGAGAGGUGGUGCUGUGCAAAGACAUGGACGGCAAGAUCGGUCUUCGCCUCAAAGCCAUAGACAACGGGGUUUUUGUGCAGCUGGUGCAGGCUAACACUGCAGCUUCGUUGGGUGGUCUACGCUUUGGUGAUCAGAUUCUGCAAAUUAAUGGAGAGUCGUGUGCUGGCUGGACCAGCGACCGUGCACACAAAGCACUGAAGAACGCCAAUCCUGAGAGAAUCACACUCGCUGUACGCGACAGGCCUCUGGAGCGCACGGUUACUCUCCACAAGGACAUGAGCGGGCAGCUAGGAUUCAUCUUUAAGAAAGGCAGAAUCACUUCCAUAGUGAAGGACAGCUCAGCAGCUCGUAACGGACUGCUCACUGACCAGCAGAUCUGUGAGAUAAAUGGACAGAAUGUCAUUGGAUUGAAGGACUCUCAAGUGUUGGACAUUCUUAAUUCUAGUGGCAGAGUUGUAACCGUAACCGUGAUGCCGGUGGUCAUCUUUGAACACAUGAUGAAAAGGAUGUGCAGCAGCAUUGUGAAGUCUCUAAUGGACCACUCCAUUCCUGAGGUGUGAUACGGACAGAGCCAGCAUGGAACAGGCUUGUCUUGUGUGCGGCUCUACAGUUUUGGGGGAGUGAUGUUAUGCAUACAUACGCAGUGUGUGAGGAUUUGUACAUUUUAAUAUUAGAGAGAAAAGAGAAAGAAGGAGAGAGAGAGGGAGCUUUGUUCUUUUUAUUUUUCUCCUCUUCCAUCAUUAAAGGAAUUCAGUGUUUUCCAGCUUAAUCUACAUGUGCUACAUUUGUGGCAUACGCUUGAAAUGUGUUUCUGGCAAAGAUCUGCAUGCUAUAGAUGCAGCAGACAGAGAUUAGGCUGAAAAACACUGGAGUAUUCCUUUAAUUUCUUCCUUUAUGUGGCAGUAACAGUAUUUUUCAGUGUCUGUCCAUUGAAAAAAUGUGAAAAAAAAUCUCUAUUUGUACAUAGCAAGGCUAAGCUGAAACAUGUUAGCACAAUUCUCAUGAUCAUUUUCCUUGCUAUAUGCAAAUAAACUUGUUUUACGGAGGCAACGUCCCUUGAAUUUAACUUUUUUUUUGGAAAUUACACUGAUAGAAAUCCCCAUGGUUUAACCUUUGCUUAACCAUGUAGUGACUCUGCAUAUGUCCACUCAACGUCAUAGUAUUCCUGCCUGUACAGAUUUGCACAGAUAUCAAAACAGCUUCUUGAAUUACCCUAAAUCAUCAAAAUAUUACAUAUAUAGAUAAUACAGAAAACAUUUUUACAACGUUAAACACAGAAAUGUAAGUAAUGCACAAUUUGAAAGCCAUUUAAAACUAUGCAGAUCUACCGCAACUUUUAUAAGCAAAUAUAUUAAAAAAACAAAGGUCAGCAAUAUGACUAGCAAAUAUCUUUAAAGCUGAUAUAGCAGGACAGUUUGUAAAAUGUGAAAUCUGCUUUGCUAUAAUGAUGCUGUCAGGCCUGAGUUGUAUGUGCAUAGGCCUAACCUGUUCUUUAUAUGGGAACUGUUCUGCCUAUUAGGGCAGUUUGAUGGCAGAAUUCAUACAAUGUGGUUGUUGACCUCAGAUGAGGUAUUGAAGAUUACACAUGAGGUAGGGGAAUGACUUCUGAUCGUCCAUCUUCCUCCAAGAAUUUGUUGGCAUCUGCUUUUUUCAUUAAACCAGACAAGUACAUGAAUUUGUCUAUCAUCACAUUCACAGUUUCAAGAAAAUCUUGACCCUGUAUCAUUUUAAACAGUUUUACAAAUGUUAAUAGUAAUGUGAAGAGAACUAUAGUAAAUAUGUUCUAUUCAUUCAGUACUGUGUUCAUUAUCCAAACUCUACAUAUUGUCCAAAGACAUAUCAGUGUGUUUUGAUAUUUCAAUCUCAAUAAAAAUCCAAACAAUUGAUAUCUA